UUCCUAUGUUCUUAGGAAACCAGGCUCCAAAGCCUAUCUCGACCCUCUCUUUUCCAAGGCAGGCCUCCUGUGCUUUGUGGGAAGGAGGGGUGAAGGAGUGAACGGAGAAGCCAAGCCGGACAGCGACUCUUAGGAGCGCGUAGGAGGUUUUGGAUCGGUUGAGGGGCGUGUCCAUGCAAAUCUCUUUCUGGCUUUAUUGAUUUCUUGAGCGCUUCGAUCCGGCGAUCCGGGGCAGGAUCUGUGUGCAGCCGGCGCGAUGAGUUGCAGAGACUUUUUUCAGGUGUUCAGCACACGGGCGAUAGUGCCCCAAGCCACACCAGUCGACCUGGCCAUGAGGCUUUGCCUGAGCCACACCCCUCUCAUUCGCAAGCUGCUGGAUUCCUAUGAGGAAUUGCGGGAGGGCCUUGGGCACCAGUCUUUGCAUCCUUGCUUGAGCAGCAAACUCUGCCCAGAAGCCGAGAGACAGGAUGCCAUCAAAGGCUGACAGGGGAAGAAAAAAAAGGUGGUCUUUGCUGACAUGAAGGGCUUUUCAUUAACAGCUGUCCAGAUCUUCUCCAAGAUUGAGGAGGACCUGUGCGAUUUGAACCAAGCUCUGUCUGAUGUGACCAGCUUCCAGAACAAGCUACGAGCCUCCCGUCCCAAGAUGAAAAAAUAUGUCCUGGAUUUUCCCCAACCUUCUGCUGACUAUCUAGCCUUUCACAGUCACUUGGAAAGCAGUUUUGUCUCCUUGGAGAACUGCCUGAUCCAGGAGAAGUCUCUUUCUGGGACUGUCAAAGUCAGAAACAUCCAUUUUGAAAAUAAAGUGUACAUCCGCAUCACCUUUGACUCCUGGAGGAGCUUCCGUGAUAUCUGUUGCCAGUACAUUGAGGGUGCUCUGUGUACCAGUGUGGUGUAG